ACUGACAAACAGUUUUGUGAUGGAAAAUAUACCUUAAAUGAGAAUAAUGCAGAUAGCUUUGAAAACAUGAGAUACUCAAUGUUACAAGAGCAAGAAUACGGGGUAGCUUUACCUCAAAAUCGGUUAUCCAGGGAAAUGAAUGAAUCUGUGAUGGUUGAUACAGAUACUAUAGAAUCGAAAAACAAUAGUUCUUUGGAAGAAAGUUCUGUGGUAUCUAAUCUUCCUCUUUUGUUUGCCAAUGGGCAUCCAACAUCGUUAGAGAAAAUUACAUUGACACAGUUAGAACGUUUUAUCACAUUCAUGGUUCAGUGCUCGUUAGGUCAUGAUACUACCGAAGUGAUCAGUGAGCCACGAUGGUGGCCAAAAGAAGUUAAAUUUUCAAAUCCCCUAACAAGACCUAAAAGAGUAAACGAUAACUGGAUGGCUAAUUUGAAGAAAUUAGUAUUCAGAUGUUAUACAUAUCACAGAAGUGAAUAUCUUUUACGCUUUUGCUCAUAUCUUGCACGAUAUCCGCAAGAAGAUUUGGAAUAUGUUAACAAUUGGGAUUCUACAACAAGUUUAUAUCACAAGAAUACAGGAAAAUUAUUAGUAACAUUUCGAAAUGAAAAUAUGACUUAUGACAGAAGAUGUGGAAGUCCACGAAAAAAAUUAUUAUCUUGUAGUGGAGUAAUUUCGUCCUAUUCUAAUAAAUCGAAACAGCAACAGCAUUCCAUUAUGAUGGUUGAGCAUGCACCAACAGAAGAUAUUUAUUUAUGUGACAAUUGUGAUGCCGAAUAUGUAUGCCCAGAGAAGAUGAAGGAACACGAACGUAUAUGCUAUGAACAAGAACAAAACGGGGGUAAUUCGCGGCCCACAACACCGGACUUGCCGAUUGUAGAGCCUGAACUAAGGCAAGAUCAAUUUUUGGAAUAUUUUCAAUUGUGUUCGAUAAAAUCGGAAUCGGAAACGAAAACAAUUGAAGUUAACAAUGGUGCUACAGUAAAUAAUAAUAAUAUAAUUAGAAGCACUUCUCGCCGUGUUCGUGGAUCUAUUAAUUUUACGAGAUGUUCGACUAUUCCUUUUUCUUCUCCUGCUGGUAUAUUAUUAGCUAAAAAGUCAAAGGCAAUGACACAGGAAACGCAACAAGAAAGGCUAGAAAGGAUAGAAAGACAUCUUAUUGCUCCUGUUUUAAAUAGUUCGUCUAAACCAAAGUGGUUGGAAACGGACGUCAAUCACGAUAGAUGGAUCGUCACGUAUAAGCCAAACCGAGAAAAAUUAGCAUGUGAUUAUGUGCAUCAAUACAAAUUUGUAAAUUCUGUUAAAAAAAAACCAAUGUUGAGCAUACAAUCGCAAUUAUUAUACGUUGUUUGCCGACCUGUUUUUGUUCUCGUGAAGCGACUGACUCAAGAGCAAAUACAUGAUCUCAAACGAAAUUCACCAAGAUAUCGAUGUCUUAUUCGAAAUGUUUCAAUCAAUGGUAAAGAAACAAUAACGGAAGACGAAGAAAAAGCCAGGCCAAAUGUUUCGUCGAAACGUAAAGCUCCAAAUGACGAAAAUGACAUGAACGCGAUGAUAGAAAAUGAAAAGGUAGUUUGUAAUGAAAUUAACACUCGAGAGUUCACCAUUAUUAAAGGUAAAAGUCUUUGCGAUGAAAAUAAUACAACUGUCAUUCAAUCGAUUAAAGAAACUGCAUUGCGCGUAAAGCCAUCGGUGAUCAAUCUUUGCUCUUCGGAUGAGGAAGAGGGGCCAUGCAAUCCAACAUCCUUGGAUGAAAAUAAAGAUCCCAUGAAGCGUGUGUCUGAGAAUGUAACAGAAUCAUUGCUACAAAAACUUUCUUCGGCACAACUUGAAUUAAAACCUUGUAUCUGCUCGACGCAAGAAAAAAGCGAAAGGUUGUCAGAUAAUACUUUAAACAACGACGAUAAAAUGUAUACAAACAAGUACCACAACAGUACAAUGUUAAGUACACGUACAAGUUUAUCCCCGAUUCUUAGAUCAGCACCAUAAAACAUCGGUUAUUUGGUACUUGGUAUUCAUCGUA